UCUCCUUUUUUUUUUUUGCUUUUUCCCCUUUUUCGCCAUCGAUCACUCUGGAAACAACAUGUGAGUUCGUCCCUUUUUUCGAGUACCGCUCCACUCUAAACCCCUACAUAAAGGCUUCGCAAUGCUUUGCUUUCCUCACAUCCAAAACUAAUAACUCUCUCUCGCUCUGUCAAUUGUGUUCAAUUCAUGGAGCCGUUCAUUCGUGUAUUUUCAGCUGCUUUCGUUCUUCUGCUGCUUCUUGUGGCAACAGAGAUAGGGCCUAUGCCAGCGGAGGGUAGAACAUGCGAGUCUCAGAGCCAUCGCUUCAAGGGUACGUGCUUGAGGAAGAGUAACUGUGCUGCCGUUUGUCAGACGGAGGGUUUCCACGGAGGACAUUGCCGAGGCUUUCGUCGCCGAUGCUUCUGCACUAAACACUGUUAACCAUAUUUAUGAUCAUCAAUACUCUAUUGUUUUAUUGUCCUUGAAGUCCCUUUUUUGUGUGUGCUUGCCUGCUUGGGAAUUGAAAGAAUAAGAUAUCUCCGACCGACAUAUUGUGUAGGAAGAAAUCUUUUUUAUACAUGUAUCAGUUUCUGUCUCUGUAAUGUUUAAUU